GUCUGAAGAAGCCACCUCUCUGAAAUUAACGCCGCGCUGUGCUUAGAUAUCGUGUCUUUACUUGGACGUGUGCUUUGUGUCUGUUUAUAUGGUCCACCUGGCACUUUUGACGCAAAGACACACCUUCUUUGUUCCCAUAUUCCGCAGCCGUAAUUCUUUCAAAGUGCCAACGGCCAAGAAUGCGCUGAUCGCCUUCGAUUGACCACUUUGAACAAAAAAAAAUAUAGCCCGACAUAAUGCGUAAAUCAGCUGCUGGAUCUUUCUUCCUGGCAGUUUUCACACUGCUGGGCUCAUCACAUGCCGCAUCUUCCAAUCCAGCCAUCUGCCCUGUUGAGCCUGGUGCUACAGUCUCAGAUGCCUGUGCUUCAUACGGCGACCUCGACACUCUCAAUACCCGCCUGAACCCCGCUCUCCGCGAACUCGUAACAGAGACCGACUUCUUCUCCUACUAUCGCUUGAAUCUGUACAACAAGAAGUGCCCCUUCUGGUCUGACGAUGAAGGUCUCUGUGGCAACAUUGCAUGCGCCGUCACUACACUCGAAAACGAAGAGGACAUUCCGGAGAUCUGGAGAGCUGAAGAGCUUAGUAGACUGGAAGGCCCCAAAGCACAUCAUCCUGGAAAGAAAGAGCAAAAAGAAUUAGACAGACCCCUGCACGGCGAGCUCGGCGAGAAUGUGGGCGAAAGCUGCGUCGUGGAGUAUGACGAUGAAUGCGACGAAAGAGACUACUGUGUGCCUGAAGAUGAAAGCGCAAGUGCCAAGGGCGAUUAUGUGAGCUUGCUGGACAACCCGGAGCGAUUCACUGGCUACGCCGGCGAAGGUGCUCACCAGAUCUGGGAGGCCAUCUACCGUGAGAACUGUUUCUCCAAGCCCAGUGCAAACGAACAAAGCCAAGGAGCUGGUAGCCUUGCUCCUCCAUUCGCUGGCUUCUCAGGCAUGCAAGGCCAAGCUGCACAAGACCUCAAGUCUGUCAUGAAAGAGCACGGUCGCCAACUGGCCUCGCAGGAAGGCAAGUUCGAGGACAACAUGGAGUUCGACGACGAGUGUCUUGAGAAGCGUGUCUUCUACCGUGUAAUCUCUGGCAUGCACGCUUCUAUCUCAACCCACCUUUGUCACGACUAUCUCAACCAAUCUACUGGCAAAUGGGGCCCUAACCUUGAGUGUUACAAGCAACGUCUGCACACCCACCCGGAGCGCAUCUCGAAUCUGUACUUCAACUACGCUCUCAUGGCUAGAGCUGCUGGCAAGCUCAAGGACUACGUUCAGGACUAUACUUUCUGCACGGGUGACCCAAAGCAAGACAGGCGUACUAAGGAUAUGGCUCUGAAGGUUGCCAACAUUAUCCCUGCCGGUCCCGAAAUAUUCGAUGAGAGCGUCAUGUUCCGCGAGAACCCCCUAGGUGACACUGGCAUUAGCCUCAAGGAAGACUUCCGCAACCGCUUCCGCAAUGUUAGUCGCAUCAUGGACUGCGUUGGCUGCGACAAGUGUAGGCUCUGGGGAAAGCUUCAGACUGCAGGCUAUGGCACAGCUCUGAAAAUCCUGUUCGAAUUCAACGAUGAGCAACCCGCCCCAGCUCUCAGAAGAAUCGAAGUAGUCGCUUUCUUCAACACACUGGACAAGGUCAGCCAUGCCAUCAAAGCCCUCAGCGAGUUCCAGGGCAUGUUGGCCGAUGAAAAGGGUUUCCCAGCAUCAGAAAUUGUUGCGGAGAAGCCGCAGCAAACCAUUACUGAGGAGGAUGUGCUCGACGACGACGAUGCUUGGGAGCAGGCGAAGCCAAAGCCCACACCGUUCACAGAAUGGGAAGCAACCAAGAAUGAGCUUCGCUUGGUCUGGUCGGCCACUAGAUUUGUUCUCAAGAGCUGGAUCGAAAUACCACAGACCAUUUUCAUCAUCCUCAUUACCGAGCUCUGCAGAUUGUGGCAGCGUUGGCUCGGCCUUGAGAUUACACCUCGCUCUUGGGAGUUCCGCUUGCCCACCACUGAUGAGCUAUAGAAAGGAACAUCUAUAUAAGAAGGGUUGCGUCGUUGGUGUUUCAGCAUAUGUGUGUGUCAGUUUUCAACAUAGCGUUGGCGUUUAUAGGGUUAUGAGGUUCUUUGGAAGGGUUCGGCUGCACAGAUGUGCCGAGCAGUUGCUAUCAUUAUCCCGAUAGAAGAAUGUCGAAAAGUUGCCUAUCGAUACUGAUCUGCGGCCAAACGGUGCGUUACCCUACUCGCUUGAACGAACAUAUCACACGAAGAAGCAGAGUAAAGUAGAAAGAGC